AUGACGGCCCUCGCGCGCGCCGGCGCGCGCUUCGCGACCCAGCCGCUGCGCGGCCCCUGCGCCGCCGUCGCCCUCGUGGGCAACGUCGGCGCCGCCGCGGACCCCGCCGGCGAGGGCGGCCGCGCCGCGGCCGUCGCGCGCGCGCGCGCGGCUAAGGUCCGGCCGCGCCUCGCCGCGCUCGGCGGCGCGGCCUUUUUUGACGUCGACCGCGACACGACGGUGCUCGGAGCGGUGUGUCCCAAAGCAAAAGCAGCAGAAGCCGUCUCCCUAUUAUUAGAUACCGUGUCAAAACCGAUUGACGAUGCAACGAUGGAGGCGGCGAAACACGAACAGGUACGCGAACUCACGACGACGGCGCCGGACGUCCGCGAGCUGGUCUAUGGGUGCGCGUACCUCGACACGCCGCACGGCCGGCCCGUGCUCGGCACCGCGGCCGAGGUCGCGGCCCUAGAGGGAGCGACCAUGACGACGGAAAACUGGGCCGGCGCGGGCGUCGGCUGUGCCGACGACGUCUUCGCCGCCUUGCCCCCCUUCGAGGAGAAGGACGUGCAGGAAGCGGUCUUCACCGGGAGCGAUAUGAGAAUUGUGAACGACGGCGAGCCCCUCGCGCGCGUCUGCCUGGCCUACGCCUUCCCGAAGAUAGGUGAGAAGGGAGAGGACGCGGCGACACUAUUACCCUUCAUAUUAGGAACGCAGACGCCAACUCCACAAACGAGAAGGGAACCGCUCCACGCCCUCGGCAAGUUGCAGCGGGACCUCGCGGAGCAGGGCAUCGCGACCGCCUGCGACGCCGCCUACGCCCCCACGAAGAGCCACGCGCUCUUCUCGAUCCACUGGACGUGCCCCGACGUACGGUGCGAAGACGCGGCCUACUACGUCACGGCGAACCUCGCGCGCCUCGCGCACCGCGUCUCCGACGCCGAGAUCGAAGCGGCGCAGCGCGCCUUCGCCGCGGCGCGCGCCGCGGCGCGCGCGCGGCCGGCGGCCGCGGCCGCGGCGCUCGGCCGCGCCGCCGCGGCGCGCGGCGCGCCCCGCGGCGGCGCCGGCGUGGUCGCCGUCGCGGCGGCCGACGUCCGCGAGCUCCUCUACGCGCACGUCCACGACUGCGACCACGCGCUCGCCGCGCGCGGCCCGGUGCACGAGCUCCCCGACUACAACUGGGUCCGCACGGCGUCCUACGACUACGCCGUCUGACCCCGGACGGCGCCCCCCGCCCGUCCCUCCUCCGCGCCCGCGGCGGCCGCCGCCGCCGCCGGGGGGGUAAAAGUGCCCCUUCGCAGAACAGGGUGGUU